AAAAAAAAAUGAAUAUGUAAAUAAAGGAGGUGUAGAGAAUGGGCCACCUGUUCUGUUGUGUGGAUUCCAUUUCGAGACCUUUACUUUUAAUUUUGCAUUUACUUCCUCAGCUCCUCUUUUCAUUUUGGCAGUUUCCAUUGGAUGUGAAUCCAUUUAAUACAAUCCUUCAUUCUUCCAUUAUAACCACAACUGCAAUUUCUCUCACCCUCUUUCUUUCUCACUCCUCCGCCUCCACCUCCCCCCCCGCCGCCGCCGCCGCCGCCGCCACCAUCAACACCCGCAGCCGCCUGCACUACUAAAUUCUCGUCACAUGUUUUGUAUACAUCCCUCUCUUCUCUCUUUUCUCAUUUUCCAUAUUACAAAUAAUUACUCAGUGUCGAGAAACUGCUAAGUCUUACCUUUCCGACAUCAACAUGUCUGUUCCACCACCGCCGCCUCCACUGCCGGUAUUACCAAAUUCCGUGGGAUUGGGAAUGGGAGACGGAGUAGGAGUUUCACAUUCGUCUUCUUCGGGGAUGGAGGGAAUCAAGCCGAGCAUACUCAUACUAAUCUUAAUUCUCUCAAUUACUGUGAUUGUUUCGGUUUCUCUCUGCCUCCUACUCCGCCACCUCAACCGCCGCUGUCUCCGCCACUUCUCUGGCUCUCACUCUGUCGCGGCUACGGGCAGCAGUCGCGUCUCUCCGGAGGAUUCUCCCACCUUAUCCCUCAUCGACUCCCUCCCGAUAUUCACCUUCUCGUCCAUCACUCGCCGAACUACAACUGCAUCCAUGAUUUCCGGCGAUUGCGCCGUUUGUUUGUCGAAAUUUGAGUUGCAGGAUCAGCUCCGGCUUCUCCCUCUGUGUUGCCAUGCAUUUCACACGGACUGUAUCGACACGUGGCUCAACUCCAAUCACUCGUGUCCUCUUUGUCGAUCUCCGAUUUACGCAUCCGAAGCGGAUGUCAUGAAGGUGUUGCUUUCGUCUUCUAAUGGCGGUCUUCAAGGAAGCUUUGACGGCAGCGAUAGUUUCCGGAUUGAGAUUGGCUCGGUGAGCCACCGUCAGACCGGUUCGGACACCAGCGAGCGGCGAAGGUCGUACUCCAUUGGCUCCUUCGAUUACAUUGUGGACGGUUUAUCCGAGGUGAGCAUGAACCAAACGCGCCAGCAUCAGAGGAGUGUGUCCGAUAAGGAGGAGGUUGGAGGAAACGACUCGGCGGUGGCGGCUCCGGAGGAAAACCUAGCUGCUGAGGUAGCAAGUGGCAGGAGUUGGCUGAAGGAGUACGUCGACCGCCUCUCCUCUACCGUCUCUUCCCGAGCGCUGUCUUUCCGUAGCUCAGGCAGGUUCGUCAGCGGGAGCAGCCGCCACUCCGACGUACCAGGCGACGGAGACUGGGAUGUCGAAGCGAAUCGCGUGGGUGAGGAGAUCAGCGAAUUUUUUCGGUGGUUUUCAGGGGUAUGAGUGGAUAACACGCUCGCUGGUUCAGUGGCAUUUUUGGAAAAAAAAAAAAAUAUAUAAAAGUCACUAAUUUCUUUCUCUCAUUAUUAUCAUUAUUAUUAUUAUUAUUAUUUAAUUCUGUUGUAAAUAAAUUUGUUGAUUUUAUUUACUGCAAUAUAUUAAUAUAAUACUACUAUUGUA